GAAAUUGAACAGCUGUUUACUUCAACAAAAUUUCAUACGGCUUUUUGAGCUUUUUAUGGGAAAUAUAGCAGAAAAACGAAAUAAAUUCAUUAAAAUAAAUAUAUUUCAUAAAAGUACAAGUGUUUUAACAGCUAGCGCCUAAAAUGGCUGAACGUUUUAAAGACUUACCACGUUUCAGUGGAUCUUUAAGAGCCAACACGGAUUUAGAGGCCAAAUUACCAGUGAUAAAUGACAAAGAAGAAUUGGAUCAAUUGAGACAGGAGAGAAAUACUUUUCUCAAAAUAAAAACAGAAGAACAACAGACCAUCAAUGAUGUGCUGCAGCAUAUGCCGGCCGACAGAAGAGAUCAGAUAAAAAUACAUUUUCAGAAAUUACGAAAUUUAGUGCAAGAAUGCAUGGGUUACGAUGAACAGCCACAGGUGGUUGAACAUGCCGCCCUCUUUCUUUUCUGGCUGAUGUUGGAACAAAAAGUUAUAAUGGUGGCCACUACUAUGCGCGUACGUUCCAUAUUUGGCACUAUAUUUGGUAAUAAAUUAGCUAAAAUCCAUCAAGCAGUAUGGUCCAUUAGAGAACUACUGGAGGACUAUGAGGUAGAAGAAUUAAAAGAAUGGAACAAGGGAAUGGGCAAGAAAUCGAAAAAUCAAAAACUUUGGGGUGAUCAUAUAAAGGUAAAAUUUAAGCUGGCUUCAGAGGAAGAAAUAGGCAAUCUUUUGGAUUUGGCUCCUGCUACCAUUAGUAAAAAUGCCGCUUCUUUGGGUUUCUCCAUGCAAUGGAACCAAGAAGCAGCCACAUCUAGCAAUAAAAAUAAAUAUCACAAAGUGGUGGAAACAUUUAUAGAAAUGUCGCAAAAAGAUGAACAUGCCCACUUAAUAAACAGCCUAACAGAACUGCUUAACUCCAAAAAGUCCAACAAUGAAUUACAAAAUGACCUGAUAGAGUUAUUAGGUUUUGAACAUUUCGAUUUGGUGCAGGAAGUUUUAAAUGAACGCUCAAAAAUUGGCAACCAAUUACAAGAUUUAGAACAAAAGGAAAAACGCUCUAAACGCAGCAAACAAUUGCAACAGAAACAAAUAAAAAAUGGGGCAGCAGGCGGAGCAGAACACAGACCAACUGUGGCCCAUCAAGUGCUGGUGCAAUCAGCCCUAGAAAAGGAAUUAACUAAACAACAGCGCAAAGAGGAAAAGAAAAUGCAGCGCUUAAUGCAGUCGAUAGGACGCAAUGAAAAAGACGAAGAUGAAGUGGCUCAAGUUAUAAAUCCCAUGCAAUUGCGUUUGCAGCAACAACGUAAACUACUCGAACAUGCCCAACAUCAGCCUAUUCUAAAAUGCAAUCAACAAUUAAAAGAAUUCCGUUCUACACUUGCUGCUCCGCAACGUUAUCCUUAUGUUUUCGAUAGUCAAUUGGAAGCAAAACAACAUGCAGGUUUUAUAGGCGGUAAUCGUAUAUCUCUGCCGGAAACAGCAGAACGUAUUGAUUGCAAACAAUAUGAGGAAGUGAAAAUUCCUGCUACUGAACCACCACCUUUAACGGUGGGUAAUAAUCGCAUUAAUAUUGCCGAUUUAGAUGAUAUAGGCAAAAUUGCUUUUGCAAAUUGUAAACAACUUAAUCGUAUACAAUCGGUGGUCUAUCCGGUGGCCUAUCAUAGCAAUGAAAAUAUGCUGGUGUGUGCACCUACCGGUGCGGGUAAAACUAAUGUGGCCAUGUUGACUAUUGUCCAUACAAUACGUUCACAUUUAGAGAAUGGCCUGAUAAAUCGUGAUCAAUUUAAAAUUGUCUAUAUUGCUCCCAUGAAAGCUUUGGCCUCCGAAAUGGUAGAUAACUUUUCUAAACGUUUGAAAGAAUUAAAUAUUGUGGUUAAAGAACUAACUGGUGAUAUGCAGUUGUCAAAAUCUGAAAUGACACAAACGCAAAUUUUGGUCACUACUCCAGAGAAAUGGGAUGUGGUAACAAGAAAGGGUGCCGGUGAUGUGGCCUUAAUAAGUUUAGUGAAACUACUCAUUAUCGAUGAAGUACAUUUAUUGCAUGGAGAACGUGGUCCCGUUGUAGAGGCACUUGUAGCUCGUACUCUGCGUCUGGUGGAAUCUUCUCAAAGUAUGAUUCGUAUUGUUGGUCUCUCCGCUACCCUGCCCAAUUAUAUAGAUGUUUCGAAUUUCCUAAGAGUUAAUCCCAUGAAAGGCCUUUUCUACUUUGAUGGUCGCUUUAGACCUGUACCACUAGACACGGUGUUUAUAGGAGUAAAAUCUGUAAAACCUUUACAACAAUUAGCCGAUAUGGAUCAAGUUUGUUAUCAGAAAUGUUUAGAACAAGUACAGUUGGGUCAUCAGGUUAUGGUGUUUGUACAUGCUCGUAAUGCUACCGUACGUACGGCCAGUACUUUAAGAGAAUUAGCUCAACAGAACAAUACCAGUGCCCUCUUUUUACCCGAUACCAAUAAUAGUAACUAUGGUUUGGCCUUGAGGGCCAUACAAAAAUCGAGAAACAAACAAUUGGUGGAACUGUUUUCGGCUGGUUUUGCCAUGCAUCAUGCGGGUAUGUUGAGAACCGAUAGACAGCUGGUAGAGAAAUACUUCUCUGAGGGUCAUGUUAAAGUUUUAGUUUGUACCGCCACCUUGGCCUGGGGUGUCAAUUUGCCUGCUCAUGCUGUUAUCAUAAAGGGUACUGAUAUUUAUGAUUCUAAACAUGGUUCCUUUGUUGAUUUGGGCAUAUUGGAUGUUUUGCAAAUUUUCGGUCGUGCUGGACGUCCUCAAUUUGACAAAAGUGGUGUGGGUACUAUUAUAACCACAUACGAUAAACUGAAUCACUAUCUCUCCCUACUCACGAAUCAAUUUCCUAUUGAAUCUAAUUUUGUACAAUUUUUGGCGGAUAAUCUUAAUGCUGAAAUUGCUUUGGGUACCAUUUCCAACGUUGAAGAGGCAGUGGAAUGGCUUAGUUAUACAUAUCUAUUUGUACGCAUGCGCAUAAAUCCUCAUGUUUAUGGCAUAGAAUAUGCCGAGGUAUUGCAAGAUCCUCAAUUGGAGGCGAAGAGACAAGCUUUAAUAGUGGGUGCCGCCAUGAGUCUGGACAAGGCUCGUAUGAUACGUUUCAAUCAAAGAACUUUGGAUUUCAAUGUUACCGAUUUGGGUAGAACUGCUUCACACUUCUACAUAAAAUACGAUACCGUGGAAAUAUUCAAUGAUUUACUGAAGCCUUUUAUGAAUGAAUCGGAAAUCUUUGCCAUGAUUUCUCAGGCACAAGAAUUCCAACAGCUGAAAGUACGGGAUGAUGAACUAGAGGAACUGGAUGAAUUGCGCCACAAUUAUUGCAAAGUUAAAGCUUUUGGUGGCAGUGAGAAUGUUUGCGGUAAAGUUAAUAUACUAAUGCAAACUUUUCUCUCCCAUGGCUAUGUGAAAUCCUUCUCCUUGGUCUCUGAUAUGUCUUAUAUAGUACAAAAUAUUGCCCGUAUAGCUAGAGCCUUAUUUUCCAUAGUACUACGCAAUAAUAAUGCUAUAUUAUCGGGCCGUAUGUUGCAAAUUUGUAAAAUGUUUGAACGUCAACAGUGGGAUUUUGAAACUCCUAUGCGACAAUUUGGCAAUAUUAAUGCUGAAACUAUAGAUAAACUGGAAAGUAGAGGCAUUAGUUUAUAUACUCUAAGAGAAAUGGAACAAAAUGAAUUGAAAGAAAUUUUACGUAAUGCUCGUUAUGCUGAGAAUGUAUUGAGGGCAGCUAAAGAAUUGCCUAUGCUGGAAAUCGAGGCCACUUUACAACCCAUUACACGUACAGUAUUGAGAAUUAAAAUAGAUAUUUGGCCAAAUUUCAAUUGGAAUGAUCGUGUACAUGGUAAAGUGAGUGAAAGUUUUUGGCUGUGGAUUGAAGAUCCCGAAACGAAUUUUAUUUAUCAUUCAGAACUGUUUCAGGCUACACGCAAAUUUGUGUUUAGCGGUAAACCGCAACAACUUGUAAUGACCAUACCGCUUAAGGAACCUUUACCACCCCAAUACUAUAUACGUGUAGCUAGUGAUAUAUGGCUGGGGAGCAAUAACUGGAUACCUCUAACCUUUAAACAUCUUGUACUGCCCGAACAUCAUCCACCUCUAACGGAGCUAUUACCUUUACAUCCUAUACCCGUUUCUUGUCUUAAAAAUCCUCUCUACGAAUCACUAUACCCGUUCACACAUUUCAAUCCCAUACAAACACAAAUCUUCCAUUGUCUCUAUCACACUGACAACAAUGUUCUGCUGGGUGCUCCAACCGGUUCGGGUAAAACAAUUGUGGCGGAAAUUGCCAUAUUUAGAGCAUUCAAUAAAACCCCUAAAGCCAAAGUAGUAUAUAUAGCCCCAUUAAAGGCUUUAGUCAAAGAACGUAUAAGUGAUUGGAAAAAACGUUUUGAGGCUGGUCCUUUACGUAAAAAAGUUGUUGAAUUGACUGGUGAUACAACGCCCGAUAUACAAGCAAUUAGGGAAUCUCAGAUAAUUGUCACCACACCCGAGAAAUGGGAUGGUAUCAGUCGUUCGUGGCAGACUAGAGAAUACGUACAAGAUGUGGCCUUAAUUGUUAUCGAUGAAAUUCAUUUGUUGGGUGAAGAUCGUGGUCCUGUGAUAGAAGUUAUUGUUUCGCGUACAAAUUUCAUAACCUCACAUACGGGUCGCAGUAUUCGUAUAGUAGGAUUGUCCACCGCCUUGGCUAAUGCUCAAGAUUUAGCCAAUUGGUUGGGCAUCAAACAAAUGGGUUUAUAUAAUUUUAAACCCUCGGUAAGACCGGUGCCGCUGCAAGUGCAUAUUAACGGAUUUUCAGGUAAACAUUAUUGUCCCCGUAUGGCUACCAUGAAUCGACCCACAUUCCAAGCUAUACGCACUUACUCACCAGCCGACCCCGCCAUAGUGUUUGUCUCCUCUAGAAGACAAACUAGACUAACAGCUUUGGAUCUUAUAACAUUUGUGGCAGGCGAUGAAAAUCCUAAACAAUUCUUACACAUGGAAGAACAUGAAAUGCAACAAAUCCUGCAAAGCAUUAAAGAUUCUAAUCUGAAAUUCUGUUUAGCUUUUGGCAUUGGUCUACAUCAUGCUGGUCUGCAGGAACAAGAUCGUAAAACUGUUGAAGAACUAUUUCUUAAUCGUAAAAUACAAGUUCUUAUUGCCACUGCCACUUUGGCUUGGGGUGUUAAUUUGCCCGCCCAUUUGGUGGUUAUCAAGGGUACCGAGUAUUUUGAUGGUAAAGUAAAGAAAUAUGUAGAUAUGCCUAUUACGGAUGUUUUGCAAAUGAUGGGACGUGCUGGUCGUCCCCAGUUCGAUAAUGAGGGUGUUGCUGUUGUUUUGGUACAUGAUGUUAAGAAGAAUUUCUAUAAGAAAUUCUUAUAUGAUCCCUUCCCGGUGGAAUCAAGUUUAUUGGAAGUGUUGCCAGAACAUAUUAACGCUGAGAUUGUGGCCGGUACAGUGCAAACAAAACAAGCAGCCUUGGAUUAUCUUACCUGGACGUAUUUCUUUAGACGCUUGAUGAGAAAUCCUACUUAUUACAAUUUAGAUGGUUUAGAGCCGACACAAUUGAAUGCUUUCCUUUCUUCGCUGGUGGAGAAGGUGAUAUAUGAACUUGAAGCUGCCGCUUGUCUGGUACAAAAGGAACACAUUUUAAUACCCACUUUUUUGGGUCGCAUUUCAUCAUUCUAUUAUUUGUCUUAUCGUACAAUGAAACAUUUCCUAGACGAUUUAGAGCCACAAAUGACCACAACUGAUCUAUUGUUGGCUAUAGCCGAUUCAUAUGAGUUUGAUCAACAGCCAGUGCGCCACAAUGAAGAUAAACAUAAUGAGGAAUUAGCGGAAAUCUGUCGUUUGCGUCCUCGUUCGCCCAGUUGGGAUUCGCCUUAUACGAAAACAUUCCUUCUCCUGCAGGCUCACUUCUCAAGACUUGCCUUGCCAAAUUCAGAUUAUCUUACUGAUACAAAAUCGGCUUUGGAUAAUGCUACACGUGUAAUGCAAGCCAUGGUAGAUUACACUGCAGAGCGCGGUUGGCUCUCAACCACCCUCAAAGUGCAACAACUCAUGCAAAGUGUUAUACAAGCUCGUUGGUUUGAUGAAAGUGAAUUCCUUACUCUACCCCAUGUUACCGCCACAAAUGUUCAUCUCUUUUAUAAAAUACAACACAAUUACGAACAUCUAACUUUACCGGCCCUCAAAGAUAUCUGUCGCAAUGAUUACGAAAAAUUGGCAGGACCAUUAAGAGACAUGUUCGAAGAGCCAGAAAUAGAACAAAUCUAUAAAGUUUUACAGAAUCUACCAGAAAUAACGGUAAAUAUAUCCAUACAGGGCAGACAUUAUGAACAAAUGGAAGAUGUAAGAGAGAUACCCACAGAUUUUAAUUCAAAUGUUUGGACAAAAAUUCAUCCUAAUGAGGAUUAUGUACUCUGUAUAAACAUGAAACGUUUGAAUACGAGUCGUUAUCACAGCACUGCCAUUCAUUGCCCCAAAUAUCCUAAAGGCAAAAAUGAAGCUUGGUUCUUAACUCUGGGCUCACAGGGUACUGAUGAGUUAUUGGCCAUGAAACGUGUAAAUAUACGUGGUUUAAAGGCCUCCAAUCGUAUAACGUUUCAAUGUCCACCACGCAAGGGUCGUCUUUUGCUGACUCUAUAUCUAAUGUCAGAUUGUUUAAUAGGUUUUGAUCAACAAUUCGAUUUACAAUUUGAAAUUGUCGAUGCCAAGGAAUAGCUAAUAGCUCAACAUUUUUAACUUAUUAAAACAAAACAAAAAACUACAAAUAAAAUUAAACAAAAAAGUCUUUAAGAUCACAUAAAGUUUUAUGUGUUUAUAAUAACGCGUGUGUGUGCGUGUAUGCAUGUUUUGUUUAAUUAAUGACAGCUGUUAUUUAGCUUGACAGCUUUAAAAUUAAGUUCUCAUCUCUAAAUAAGAACUUAUUAAAGCUUUUUUUCUGUAAACAUUAUAAUAUUUAUAAAAUUAUUCAUAUGUUUCCAUUAUAAUUUCGCACCAUUACAAUUUUUUUGUAUACAUAAGUAAAUACUUUUUGUUUGUUCGUUAAGUUAUAAAUGAAAGAAUUAAUUAACAAAAAAAACAUACUUUUAUUAAAUAAAAUAUGAAUUUAUAAAACUUUAUUCUUUACAACAUCAUCUACACCCACAAUUA